UUAAAAAAGGACAAGAGCAGAGGGGCCAGAGUAGUUGGUCAAGAAUUGAGCUCGUCCUUCGUUCUUUCCAUGAAGUAAAAGACACAUUGAUUUCUGAAGUUAAUCAAAGUGUUCCCUCAUCCUCUUUAUCCUGUGAUUCCAUUGCCGUUUUUGCUUCUCUUAGCAAAGCCUAGACUCUGACAUGGCAGGAGCUCUAGUGGCUGGAGCUGUCCUCUCUGCUUCGCUCCAGGCACUAUUCGACAGAUUGGCUUCUCGGCUGAUAGACUCUGUCUGGAUACAGAAAGACGAGGAAGUUCUGCUGAAGAAACUGAAGGCAAGCCUUGUAUUUGCUGAGGCAGUGUUGUCUGAUGCGGAGCAUAAGCAAAUCACAGAUCCAACCGCAAAAGGGUGGCUAGACCAGCUAGAAGAAACCGUCGCCGAUGCUCAGAAUCUCUUGAAUGCUAUUGAAGCCAGAGAUUCACCGAGGAGGUUUAGAGGUGGAUCCAAAAGCAAAUUGCUAGAAGACAUGCUCGAUAGAUUGGAGAUUAUGGUGAGGCAAAAGGAUGCCUUUGGCUUCAUAGAACUAGGAGCACAGCCUUUGCAGACGUCCCCAACGACAUCUUUAAUGCAGGAGCCUAACAUCUAUGGUAGAGACGAAGAUAUGGAGGCGAUACUCAGCUUGUUGCUAUCCGAUGAAGCACCGGGUGACCCAAUAUGCGUGAUUACCAUAGUUGGUGUCCCAAGGAUCGGCAAGACCACGCUUGCUCAGUCUAUUUACAAUGAUAAUAGCAUGGAAGGGUAUUUUGACUUCAGAGUUUGGAUCUGCGUCUCGAACAGGUUGGAUGUUUAUUCGAUUACCAAGACAAUCCUAGAAGCAAUAACUACGGUGAGCUGUGAUAUUAAGGACCUGAAUCUUCUUCAACUGAGACUCAGAGAAGAACUAAUCGGCCGGAAACUCUUACUUGUCCUGGAUGACCUUUGCACUGAGGACUGCUCGGAAUGGAACACACUGCGAAGUCCUUGGAGAUUCUGUGCAAAGGCCAGCAAGAUCAUCGUGACUACUCGAAGUGAAAUCACAGCAGCCAUGACGUGCACGCUGCCAGCUUACCAUUUAAGCCCGCUACCCUACGAAGAUUGCUGGUUGAUCUUCGCUCAACAUGCAUUUGAUAGUGGACUCGGUGCUCCAGAUCCAAACCUAGAAGCAGUAGGCAGAGAAAUUGUGAAGAAAUGCAGAGGCCUUCCUCUAGUCGCUAAGACCCUUGGAGUUCUGUUCCGCUCUAAACCAAACCAUGGGAAGUGGAAUGAAAUCUUGACGGAUAGCAUGUGGGAUGCAUCACAUGACUUGAACAGCUUUGCACAGGCUUUAAGUGUUAGAAGUGGAAUAGGUAAAUGGAGAAGAAAGCUUUCGGAAAGACAACAUGAUGAAAAUUUCUUCCCAGGGGUUCUGAAUCAGUUUGGAGACACAUUCCCAUAUAUAAAUAUCAAGAGGGUAUGGUUUUCCAUAUUUCUGGUGCUCUGGAUCAUGAUUCUGAGCAUUGUGAGUGCAUUGGUUUACAAGACUGUAAAAGAUUAUCAGACUACAAAAAUGAAGGAGGCAUUGGGAAGCAUGUGCGAUAAACGGGCAUGGAUGCUACAGGAUCAGUUUGCGUUUCAUGUUAACCACAUCCACGCACUUGCUAUGGUGGCCAGACUUUAUGACCAACAGAAUGCAACAUAUACCACACAGAUGGGAGAGGCUCUCGAGGGCCACAUGGAUAAUACUACUUUCAAGCGCCCAUUACUUUCUGGAGUGGUUUAUGCAGAACGAGCGGGUCAUUGCAAGAUUGAUGAUAAGAGAGGGCGGCAAUGGCAUAUAAUGCAUGUGACCCCCGAAAGCGAGCCUCGCGAGCCUUCACCUGUUCAGGAAGAGUAUGUACGCUACGAAUUUGGUGAAGAUGACAAUGCUUAUAUGGGGCCUCUUCUGAGUUCACUUGGCAUGAUGACAGGAGAGGAAGAUCGACAUCAUGUAUUGAAGGCAAGAGCUGUUGAAAAAGCUGUCUUAUCAGCCCCCUUCAGGCUGUUUUCGUCAAAUCGGACCGGAGUGAUUUUGAUAUAUCCUGUUUACAAAUCCAAAUUCUCACCAAGCGUGAGUUUGGAAGAGCGCAUCAGAGCCACUGCAGGAUAUAUUGGUGGACUCUUUGAAUUCGAGUCCCUUGUGGAGAGCAUACUCUGGCAACUUGGAAAUCAGACGGUUUUGGUCAAAGUAUAUGACAUCACAAACUGUCGUCCCUCAUUGAUGUAUGGUCCCAAUUAUGUCAAAUUUGACUGGACCAUGGCGCACAUGAGCAAGCUUGAACUCGGAGAUCCCUUCAGGAAGUACCUGAUGAUAUGUAGGUAUCAAGAUGAGGCCUCUAAAUCUUGGCUGCCAGCCAUUGCCGUAGUCUUGAUUGUCACCAUCGGUUUGUUAGCACCUUGCGUGCUUUAUGCUGCAGCUAUUCACGUCGCGAAACUCAGACAAGCCUCACUCCAAAUACAAGGAUUGGAAGUUCAACUGCAAGAUGCGAACAUGGCCAAUUCCCAGCUCCGAGCUGAUGCUUCAGAGAUUAAGCAGCCUGCUUAUACCAUCAUCCAGACUCUUGCCAUGCUUCUCGAGACUGAACUGAGCUUGGUACAAAGGAGCUACACUCGGAUUGCUCAAGCUUGUGGAAGGAGGCAGAUUGCAUUAGUAGACAGCGCACUCGAAUCACCAAAUUCGCCAGUCAUAACUCGCACCACCUAGAAUGUUGCUUGGACAGUUUGAGAUUGAGUGCUCUGAUUCAGCUUUCAAGUCAUGAAAAUUCUAGGGAAAGGUAUUACUUGCAGAUCAGACA